AUGAUUUUCGCAUUCUCAAGAUCCCCGCAUUUUGCAAACAUAUCGAUCAAUGCAUUACCCAACGAAACCGAAAGCUCAAAUUUAUUUUUCGUGAUGUACGACUCGACCCAUUUCCCGUGCACAAGCGAGUUCAGGUGGGUGCAAGCCGAGAGCGUGCUGAUCAGUGUGGUCUGGUCGGGCCUGCAUUUUCCAUCAGUCAACAUGCGAUGGAAACACUCGAGAGCUUCACCAAACAUGCGGAUGUUCACGCAACCGGAAAUCAUGGUGUUCCAAGAUACAACAUUUUUCACUGGCAUCAGGCCGAAUAUCCCCGAUAACAUGGCAUUCCAAGAGACGCUAUUCCUCUCAGGCAUGCGUUGGAAGACCUUGGACUCAAAGCAUGAGAGCAAAAAAGUGAAAGUGAAGCUGUUGGGGACAAUGCCCAGCUCCCGCAAUUUGUUGAACGUGAUUGUUGCGAUUUUAUGGGAUUUCCCUAUUGAGCAUUUGAUCAGAGUAUUGUGGGAGAUGAGAUUUGGAGAGGACAAACCUUGGAAAAUCCUGUUUGCAUAG